GAGUUCAAGCACUUGUACUUCCAGGUCCAGAAGCUCCUCAACAAGCGAGUGACGUUGGCUCUCAAGUACGACCAGCUCAAAACCCCCGAGAUCCAUUGCACCUUGGUCAAACCCAUCACGGAACGGAUCACCAAAUGGGCAGAUAAAAAGGCAGUGGCAGCCAGGAUUGCCCGUGUGCUUCCUUCGGUGCCACUGGCAGUCGACCAGACACCCAAAUUCGGGCCCCAGAAGAGCAAUUCUGGGUUCUCCAAAGGGACAGCCAGAUACUCUGGCGACACAGCCGAGGACGAGCCUCUGGAGUGCCUCCUCUUCAUUCUCUUGCUCUUGCGGUACGAGUACCUUAUCCAGUCGGAAAACAACCUUAUCGUGUUCGAACUCUUGACCACCAAGGCCAAUCUCUGCGAGUUGUUGGCCAUCCGCUUGCUCAAGGAAUUCAAGUCGUUCACCCGCAUCAACCUGCUCUUCAUCGCUCCCUUGAACAACGACCUCUUUGCCGAGGACCUGCGGUACCUGUUCAACACCUUGGAGUUGAGCGUGCUCUCCAAGUCCAAAAAGUUCUUGUCGCAGCCAGUUAUCGUUCGAGCUCUAGACAAGUUCUACAACGGAGAGCUCAUCCUCAAGUCGUUCGAAAGCGGGGUCCAGUUCUUCCAGAACGAAUCGGAAGAGCUGGGGUUGUUGAACCACGACAUCAUCAACUACAAAUACAACAAAAUCACCUUCAACAACAUCAUAAAAAGAUCGAACAUCGUGCCCAAGUACCAGUCGUUGGUGAUAAACCUCAAGCUCUUGUUCUUCAUCAUACAACCAUACAGCCAUGUGCUCUUCUUACGCAUAAUCGAGGUCCUGUUCUGGAUUCUCGGCCUCAACUUCAACAUCGAGUUUCUCUUGAAGAUCCUCAACAUCGAGUUCAUUCUCUUCAAGAAAAUCAUUUGGAACUAUUUGGACUUUAUUUUGAUCAUAUUGAUCAACAUUUCGUUUGUGAUGAAGUUUGUUUAUCCCAACUACUUCUCCGACUCCUUCAGCUUGAUUUCUAUAAUCUUGUUGCCAAGAACCUUGUCUGUGUUCAACAACUACCAAUUUUUCAAUAUGAUCAUGGUGUCUUUCAAAAAAAUGGCAUGGAACUUAAUGGGUCUCAUUUGCCUUUUUUUCUCCUUGAUCAGUGGGUUCUACUUCAGUUUUCUUACUCUUUCGAAUAACAUGAGUAAAUUGGAUGUUUUGUUCAGUAUGGUCAAGAUCUUUUUCGGUUUCACGCCUGCCGUCUGGAAUAAUUGGAAAAACUAUAACAACUUAGGUAAGGUUAUUAUCAUGGGGUACUUAUUUUUAAUCCAGUUUAUUAUAGGAUCCAUAUUGGCGAUUGUGCUCAGUGGGGUAUUUGCCAAGGUCAAUAACAAUAAUCACGACGAGUUCAACUAUUUCAAAACGGUGAACUUAAUAUUAUAUUUCAAGGUGUCACAGUUGAACGAACAGAAAAAGCAUCAGAUUCUCAACGUAUUCAAGUUUCCCAUCAUCAUAAUGAUUUUUGUAUACGAGAAGAUUGUGUUUGCCCGGCUCUACCAGCAAAAGGUCAAUCUCGGGAACGAGUUGAAAAACUACACGUUUUUGACAAAAACCAACGACUUCUACCAGGACACC